AUGCUUAAAAAUUCUAGACCAUUUCCGAUUUAUGAACAAGUUGUCAAAAUGAUGAAUGGUCGUAUGCGUUCGAUGCUUAUUAGAAAUCAAGCUGCUAAUGGUAUGAUAAGUGAUACACUACCAAAAUCGGUACAGUUUGAUGAAUCAAGUGAUAAUUAUCGAUGUUUUUGCAAUGCUUUUCAUGUUAAGACCGGUGCAUUACUAAUUUCAGGGAUCGAAGAUAAUUAUGUGAAUGGUGCGUUUUUGGCAUCGGUGAUCGGUGUAGCAUUAAGUUUAUUAGUAAUUUUUUUACUUGGUGUUGGUGUUGCCAGAAAUUACGCCAUACUGCUCAUUCCUCAUCUUAUUAUGCAGUUGUUGGUCAUACUAUUACUUCUUGUUUGCAUCAUGAAUGGUACAAUAGCAUUCUUAACCAAAUCAACAUUAUUCUACAAAUUGCUCCAUGCAGCAGCAUUCAACGAACCUCCCGACAAAAACACUGUAGCUCUUGAUCUAGAAACGUCAGUCAAAAUUUACGUCGUAUUCGCUGUUUAUAUGCUUACUCUUAUACUUGAGGUUUGGUUUAUAACGAUAAUUUACAAUUGUUAUCAGUACCUUAUUGAAAGACGAGCUUAUAUGAAAUAUUGUUUGGCAUUUAGUACACCAAUGAAAACCCUUUCGAAACGAUGA